AUGUGGGCUUUAAAGAAGCUAAAUCUUGAUUGGGCUGAGGCUGCUAACCUAAGGAUAACACAACUCAAUGAGAUGGAAGAAUUUCAUCUUCAUGCCUAUGAGAAUGCAGCCAUGUACAAAGAAGGGAUGAAGUUUUUCCACGACAAGAAGAUUCUGAAAUGGGAUUUUAAUUCGGGUGACUUGGUCUUACUUUUCAUCUCAAGACUCAAGUUAUUUCCGGGCAAACUCAAGUCCAAAUGGUCUGGACCAUUCAAAGUUGUGCGUGUGUCUCCCUAUGUCUCUAUUGAACUUGAGUCAGAAGAUGGGACUCAGACCUUCAAGGUAAAUGGACAACGAGUAAAACAUUACCUCGGAACUGUCGGAGAAAGGCAUGUGAUAGAACAAACUGCUCUACGAGAUGAUCCAACAGCUUCUUCCACCAAAGAUUAA